AUGUUUAUGAAGAAACCUCAGGAAGAGAAGGCCCGAUGGUCAAGUGGAACGGUCGUUUCAGUGGACGGACAACGAUCAUACACCGUGGAAGACGACGCAACUGGAACACAAUAUUCCAGAGACCGCGUCCAUAUCAAGCCAAUCCCUGGAUAUGCUCCCACUCCACCUACUGCAAAAGGUUCUUCCGAAAGAAGGGAAGAAGGUGCAUCAGUGCCAGUGGAAAUGCCAGACACUAAGGUUACGGCUACCCACCAAAGCCGAAGCCAGAGACGCCCAUAAAGCAGCUGACAAUCCACCAGACAGCGUCAGAACAUCCCGACCAAGGCGUAUCAUUAAAGCACCAGUGAAAUACGGAUAUGAAUAAAACCCCGAAAGUGACUUUUUAACCAGAAGUGACUUAUAAAGGAUGUGACGAUGACCAGUGCAAAAAUCAGAAUCUGAGAUUUUUAUAAAAACAUUUCUAGUUGAAAACAGUGCUUGAUAUCAAUCCUUAGUAAUCGCCAAUUAAUGUUUUAACCAUUGCAGUUUUCAUUUCGUUAUAGCGGAGCUCUACCCGCGCGCGAAGCGCGCGCGUGGGCGGAGCCCCAUAGCUAAGGAAAUGUGGUAAUCUACCCAUCCCAGAAAAUUUGGUAAUCACGUGACCGUACGACCGUCCGUCCGCACCACAGGCAUACCAAUGUAAAAUAACUCAAUCAACAGGUAUGGGAACCCAAAUGCAACUCAAGGUUUUAUUUGGAAGGAAAUCACAUGACCGCCCGGACUUUUAGUAAGAAAAAAGUCGUGUCUUUUUCGGCGUUUUUUUUUUAUGUGUACACUAAUGUGGAUAACAGAGAAAGAGCUAGAGCGAGUUAUUGAAAAUUCGUUGGAAGAAAAACAUGAAAAUUCAAAACGGUGGUGAGAAAAUGAGAAAUGCUAGCGGCCAACAAGGUGAAAAUGAGCGGCAGUGAAAAAUAAAAGCGAACAUGAACACUGGAAACACUAUAUUGGGUAAGCACAUACGACAAUUUCUCUAUAAAAAUAGUGUGUAACUAGGAAGUUUGGCGUUUUACUCGUCCAAAACAGUGUUGUAGUAGUGCAAAAAACGGCAAGGGAAUGACAAAAAAGUGUGCUGCACGUGCAAAUUUGCUUUUUGCUAAUUAGAAGAAAAAGUGUGCUGCACGUGCAAUUUGUUUUUUUGCUAAUUAGAUCUAUUACUCUUGAAGCCAUUUUCAUUGUCGUCCCCCGUUUAGCGUUACACGAUUUAAUUUUUUUUGUUUACACGUAUUAUUAACGAGAGCUUCGCUUUUAGCCCUGGCUAAAUCUAUAUAUUACAAAAUAGGAUCUUAGUGUAUCGUCGGGAACACGACGCAACUGGAACACAAUAUUCCAGAGACCGCGUCCAUAUCAAGCCAAUCCCUGGAUAUGCUCCCACUCCACCUACUGCAAAAGGUUCUUCCGAAAGAAGGGAAGAAGGUGCAUCAGUGUCAGUGGAAAUGCCAGACACUAAGGUUACGGCUAGCCCACCAAAGCCGAAGCCAGAGACGCCAAUAAAGCAGGUGACAAUCCACCAGACAGCGUCAGAACAUCCCGAUCAAGGCGUAUCAUUAAAGCACCAGUGA